GGCGGAGACUACUUAAUUCACAAACGGUGACCGCGCGCCUUCAAGGAAGCUUCAAUUUCGCUUUAGACUGUCGCGACGAAAUCAAAGAUGGCGGAGGAGCCUUUCGUUGCUGCCGAAAAUCUGCUUCUUUUGGCCGAAAAAAUUCAAGGGGAUUUCCCUUACUCUGCCUCGGUGUACAAUAGUCUGCUGUUCCACGCUCGCAACCACGCGAGGUCCUUCAAAUUCCACACGCUGAGAAGUCGUCCUGAGUCCCAUGUUAUUUUGUGGACUAACGAGGACAAAUCCGAAAUAGGCGUUCAUGCCAAACCCGACGAAAUCCCUCUACUGAAGGAGGCGCUGACGAAGACCAGACUCUUAGCGUGGCAAUCGGGUCGUCGUCUCUGCAUUUAUAACGUGCAAGAUUACCUGACGGAGACAGUGCAGGACGUGGCGACGAGCAAGCUGGGGGCGCCAUUGUUGCUCGGGUCUGUUUAUACCUUCGUGAGGGAGGUCGAGAAAUUUCCUACACUGAGGAGCAGCGCCGGCCUCCGCGUGUGCAAGCUGGGUCGCGUCGGCGUCGCCCACAUGCUGGCCACGAGCAAGCACCACACGCACCGCGACGUGGACGAGAUCCUCCAGCUGGCUCGGGGUUCCUCCUCCGCCGGCGUGUACGAGGACGAGGGCGCUUCGCAGGACUCGCUGGUGGACGCGGACGCCAUGCCCUCAGGCCCGCAGGAUCGGAAGCCCCUGGCGUGGGUGACGUGCCUUCAGUACGGCGCCCUGGCAGCCCUCAUGACGGAGCCGGAGCAGCGACGGAGGGGCCUCGCUCAGCUGGUGGUGGAGGCGGCGGGGAGGGGCAUGGCCGGCCAGGGCUACGUCCCCCACGCCUAUGUGGAGAAGGAUAACGAGCCGUCCUUCAGGAUGUUCAGCAGGAUGGCCGGAUGGCGCAGGGCUCAUGACGCCAUCUUUAUGCAUACGUAGGGAGGGCGCUUUCGUUCUGUCUCCCUGCCUCUCUCUCUCUC